AUGUCCGCACAAGCGCCGGCGUGCGGCUGGUGCGACGACGGCGCGGGCGGCGGCCGGGGCGCCUGCGUGCCGGGCGGGGAGCGGCGCCCGCACAACCCGCACAUAUGUCCGCACAAGCGGUGGCACUUCACCCGGUGCCCGGCGUGCCAGUGCAACGGACACGCAGUGUGCGACUCAGAGGCGCGGUGCGUACAGCCGUGCGCCGCGCGGGCCGUGGGCGACCACUGCGACCAGUGUGCGCCCAACCACUGGGGCAGCUCGCUCAACGGCGGCGUCUGUCAACCAUGCGACUGCAAUGGUAAAGCGGUGUCGUGUGCGGCGGAGACCGGGCGCUGUUACUGCAGCACCAAGGGGCUCGCUGGUGACCGCUGUGACAAGUGUGACAACACCAACCAUUACCACGCGGACCUGUUGAACAAGGGCUGCUACUACGACCUGGCUGUCGACUACCAGUUCACGUUCAACCUGUCCAAGAAGGAGGACCGGCACCUGUCCGCCAUCAACUUCCGCAACGCGCCCGUCAAGCCCGACGUGGACGCCGACUUCAGCAUCACGUGCUCGGCGCACGCGCGCAUGAACCUCACGGUGCGCACGCGCAGCACCAUGCACGAGCGGGUGCUCUUCAGCGACCUCAACUGCACCAACUUUAGAUAUAAAGCAUUCCAAUUCAGGUUCGCCAAGUCCGAGCACUCGUUCGGCGUGGAGGACAACGUGACGUCGACCACGUUCUUCGUGUACGUGUACGACUUCCGGCCGCCGCUGUGGAUCCAGAUCUCGUUCUCGCAGUAUCCCAAGCUGAACCUGCAGCAGUUCUUCAUCACGUUCUCGUCGUGCUUCUUGCUGCUACUGCUCGUGGCUGCGGCGCUGUGGAAGAUCAAACAGAAGUAUGACUUGUAUAGAAGAAGGCAGAGACUGUUCGUAGAGAUGGAGCAAAUGGCUUCGAGACCGUUCAGCCAAGUGUGCGUCGAGCUGGAAAGAAUAGGAGGCGAGGCGGGCGGCGUGCCCGCGCCCGUGGCCCUGGAGCCGUGCCGCUGGGGCCGCGCCGCCGUGCUGUCGCUGCUGGUGCGGCUGCCCACGGGCGGCACGGGCCGGGCGCCGCCGCUGGGCGGCCUGGCGCUGGCGUCCGCGCUCGUCACACUGGGCCACCACGCCGACAGACCACGGAACCAGUGUAAAUAACACUCAAAGGAGUGGUGUUAAAGACUAUUUUGCGUCGAGUGACGCACCCAAGUGAAUACUCAUCGCGAACUUGUAACUAUGUACAUGUAUAGAUAUUAUGUGCCGAAAUCUAGUUAGCUAUCUAAUGUAAUGCGUUUUAUAAAUAUUACGAUGUAAGAUAUUCGAUUGUAUCGAGUGAUUUUUUUGCGGAAAUCUAUAUUAUAUUAUUCGCAGCGGAUAAAGAAUGGAAUUCAAGAUGGCGGCUCAUUGAAUCUGUACCGUUAUGAUUUUAUAUUCACGAUUUUUAUUUACUGAAUAUCGAUUGGAAUCGUUGAUUUCCAAAUUAUUUAUAACAUUUUUGCGAUUUUCGUAAAUUAUAGUGAUCCUUAAAGAAAUUUAUUCCUCUUGCUAUUUUAUAUAUAUGUCGAAAGAAUAAUAUUUUAAUUAAGAUUAUAUAACAUACAACCAAUGAAAAUAUUAUUAUACUGCUUAAUUAAUAACGUUUAUUUUAUAUAUCAUGAAAUUAUUUUUUAACAAUUUGCAAAAAUAUUUUUUUCCCUAUUUUACAACUCAUACAUGUUGAAAUUUAUUUAAUUGUCGUUCGUUAGUCGUGGUUCAUUAGAUAUAUGAGUUACAAGAGGCUUGGUAGCUGAAGUAUGAUGCAAUGGUUUAGUUGCCGGACUAACGUCAGGGUGUUGAAUUUGCGUGACGGUGCGCGCGCGCAUGGUAUAAGUUCACUCUGAUAAUGUUCCCACCAACGGGCCAAACGAAGUAUAACUUCGAAAUAAACUUAAAACUUCUCUGUAUAAUAUUCAUAUCAUUCAGUACGAAUGAUCGUAUUUUUUUAUAUUUUUACCUGUGGGUGUAAAUAUAGGUACUAAUAGAUGGCGUUAGUGUUUGUGCGUAAAUAUAAUGGACGCCAUUUAAAAUUCUGUUCUUUAUCCGUCCGCGCGACAAGCAAUAUAAACUACUUUGCAGCACCUCUAAAGCGGGGUUUUCACUGUUGAUUCCACGAGUGGCGUCCCAUAAUCAUCCGAGUGAAAACCCCGCUUUAUCUCGAACGGUCGACUAUUUUCCGUUUGAGGUGUGUGUUUAUUAUUGUAAAAUAGUUUUGAUCUAUGUGUAUUAUAAAAUAUAUCAAAAUGUGCAGAAUAUUUGGUCGCAUUUAUGUACGGAUUGUAUUAUAAUCGAAAUGUAUGAAUUGAAUCGGACAUCGCGUUUGUGUCUCGGAUUUUUUAAAAUAUUAUUAAUAUUGUAAGUAUUAUUAGACUGUUCGCCGCGUUAUGUUAAUUUAUUCUCUAGACUUUCAAAUAUUAAAUAACAUUUAUGGCCUCACAAAUAAACUUGGUAUAAAAUUAUACCCAAGUACAAACCAAGAAUAUAAUAUGUAAAAUGUUUACAAAUUGAAAUUUUGCUUACGAUUGGUUUAUUCGGACGUAUAACGUUUCCCGCGUUUAUUUGCAAGACUGCCUGACAUUCGCAAAACUUCAGAAUUAUCAUUGUAUUGACAGGGUUGUAAGCUAUAUAGUCAACAUUUUGCAUAUUCUUGGUUUAUUCUUAGGUAUAAAUUUAAACCAAGUUUAUUUGUAAGGCCGUUAAUAUUUAUUAUUUUACUUUUAUUUAUGUCAAACAAUCGCUGCUCGUAGCGACAUCAAGCUUUACUUCACUACAGAUCAAUUGUUACUUUUUAUUAAAAUUCUAGUAGGUAGUGCGUCACAGUGGUCCCCAUAUAGCCCGUAAGUGCGAAAGUGCCCGCGGGCAGUGAAUCGUUGACAUUAUUAUAGAAGUUUUUGUAGAAAUAUUGGUUAUUAUUGUUCUACAAAUAUUAAUACAAUGAUGUACGGUGAUUAUUUCUCAUUUAAUUUAAAAACCGGAAUGUUAUAAGACUUAUGAUUUAGUACGCUAAUUUGGUUUAGUUUUAUUUAUAAGUGAAUUAUGUGUAAAAAUAUUUUUUUACCCCAUAUUUAUUAACAUAAACAUAUUAUUAUUUUAAUAAUGUACUCGCUGUAGUCAAAUAUAAUCAUCACAAUUCAAAUUCUAAUAAAUGCCAAGCGUUUUCAAUCCUUAAGGAAAAAUAAAAUAUUAUGAUUUUUUUUAUAAUCUUAUGGGUUACUCCAACCGUCGAUAGUUAAUACAAUUAAAUCAUUUUAAGUGCAUCACAAAUUGCGACCUGCUUAUUAUAUUUUCUGAUGGAUAACGGCGGCAUGCGCUUGACAACAGCUGAGUGCCUUGUACUAUAUACUAAAUUGUUAUUAUUAAGUGUGAGUAGCUAUUCUGACGUACAUAAUAUUAUAUUAAUAGUUAUCAACUCUCCGCUAACGAACUGUAGCAAAGAUGGAAAGGAAUUAAUUGAUUUAAAAAAAAUAGGCCUCUAUAGUCAAGUCCUAAGACUGUGUUAAGAUUUAAUUAAAUUAAAUUUAACUCAUUCCCCCUAUGUUUUUUAUUAUUCAUAGAGAGUAUGUGAAAUAUAUUUACUAUUUGACGUUUAUUAUAAUUUAGAUUAUGCAAAUAACGUAUUUCCUUUAUCUAUAUUACGGCAGUUGAUAAAAUAAUAUUUAAUCGAUGAAAUACUAACGCCAACGAGACAAGAUAAAGAAUGUAAACAAAGUUUCAUGGUUUCAAGACAUUUUUAUUCUAAUAAAUUAUAUACAAAUUAUGGAUUGCCUAUUCUAAUCGCUGUCGUCUCAUCGUCUUUGUCUAUACGACAAAGAUGAUUCCUCGGAACAGUCCAAAUCAGCCGUAUUUAUGUCAAUAUAACUCAGUAACAGUACGUUUGUUUACAUUCUUUAUCACGUCUCGUUGGCCUUAGUAUAGUAUUAAAAACGAAGUUAUAUCUACGUAUUGGAUAUAUUUUGUUUAUAAUUAUAAUAUUUUUUUGCUGUUUAAGAAAGACUUUAAAUUUACAUAAAUGAAAUGAGUUUAUUUUGCAUGAAAUUAAUUUUGCUCUUGUCUAUCAGGUAUGCAGGACCUAUGCAGGUCUUCGGCCGAUCAUUUAUUAGUUAUAUUGUAUGCUGUUUUUGGUGUGUUACUGUAUUAUCUAUUGUGUUCAUUUUGUUAAUAUUUUUGAAGCUUUUUAACUAUCACGGUGGCAACUACAUACGUACCUUGUAAUUUUUAAUUUUAAUAUUCUGUUUAUACUUAAUAUUUAGCAGCGCCGUAAUAUAUGUUGUUGCCUUACGUUACAUUGUUUGAAAUUCAAUUAUACGCAAUUAUUCAAUUGAAAUUCUUGAAUUAAUUCAAAACUCUUCUAAACAAUUUUUGAACAAAAUAAUUUUAGCACAACUAAACAGUCCUUUUAGACCAAUUUCUUCGUUCCCUGGAAGAGCGGCAACUGCGCACAAUGUUUUGGUGAAUAAUUCGUAACAGUGCAGUCUCUUGUGUUUACACUGGCAACGUCGCUUUUCAAUGUUCAAGGAUUUAAGUUUAUUGAAUCAUUACCUUAGUGAGCCAAACCUAUAGAGCAUGUAAAUUUACUCAAUAACUGCCACGGAUUUCUUUACUUUUUUUAAUUGGUAGCGAUUACAAGUAUGUACCUACAUUUAUUGCAUGACAUGAAAAUGUAAUUUUAAUUUGUAAAGCAUAAUAUAGAAGUGCUAUCAGUUCGAAUGAAUUCCUGUCGAUGUGUUUUUUAAAGGUAAUAAUAAUAUAAUAAUAUUAUUUCUAGGUGUAUUUCAGAAAAAAAAGAAUCUCCUGCUAGUAUAGUGUGAAGUGAGCACUUGCUACAAGGUAGUUUUACGCUUUAUUUUUUUAGAUUAACUCGAGUGUUACAAAUUUAUUUAAGUAAAAUACUUUUUAAAACAUUAAAACACGUAUAAAUGUAGCUGUACUUUUACAUUACAUUUUUCCGUAAAAAUUACAAUUUUUAAAUUACAUUUCAAGACCGUUUACGCAAAAUCCAUUUUUUUUCCUCUAAGGAACAUAUGUUUAUUAUACAGUUACAUGCACCUUGCAUUACAAUCUAGCCUUAACUUGAGCUAAUGAGUAAUUCUACUUUAACAUAAACUGCUGGAUGGACGAAACUAAGAAUUUAUCCAUUAACACUUAUCUUAAUGUCGCUAUUAAGGCAACUUCGCUUUGUUCAUGUCUCUUUUAUAAUAAUGUUUAGCAUUUACAAUAACACGCGUGUAAAUACUUUAAAGAGAAUUUUAUUUAAAUAAAGGUUCUUUUGAGUCUUUAUAGUCUAAAUAGUUUUACAAAAUAGGCGUUGGAAUUUUAUAAAUCAUUUGUUUUAUAAAAAUACGUCCUAUACAAACAAUUUAUCAUAUUAUUUAUAUAUAUGUUGCUAAAGUUGGUGAUGAAUUAAUUGAUUUAAUAGUAUGAGUGUUUUCUGCGUCAAAGAACAAUAACUUAUGUACGUACUAAUGUUACACUUUUACAAUAAGAUUUAUUUAUAUACAACAGUUUAUUUGUAUGACAGGUUUAGCUACCACAUGCCUAGCCCAAAAUAUAGAUAUAGUUUUACUAUUUUGUUUUUAUAUACUGGCAUUGACGUAUAAUAAACAACUAGUCUCACAAUCACACUCAAAAAUUGUCUGAAGAUAAACUCGCUCUAUGCGUGUAUCAGGGAGAGCUUUCAUUCAGUUGUGUUCAGACCGCGCUUUGAAUACAACGCCACGCAAUGACAAAGUGUUCAAUGAAAAACUGUCCAAAUAACAGCGUAUCAAUUUAUUUAAACGUAAAGAGGAUGGAGUGUCGUAGUUCAUGUAAGUAUCCCUUUAAAUUAACAAAAUUAUGUAACUAACUUUACGUUUUUAAACAUUUUGCUAAAUAUUUACACCCGUAUUCAUAAUAGUCUGCUAACUUAAAGCAUUGCUAAUUCUCACUCUGUCUUCUUCUAUUGACCUAAGUCAGAAUGAGAAAAAACACUCCUUAGCGGAUGUUUUAAGUUAGCGGACCAUUCUUAUCAGCGUAUAUAAGGCUUUGAACAUUCUUCUUCUCCUAGUGCCAUUUCCUAUCGGAAGAUGGGAAUCAUUAAGGCUAUCUGAAUUUUGUUCUGCCGCUGCUGCCCUAAACAGUGAUUUUGUACUCAUAUUGAACCACUGGCGAAGGUUCUUAAGCCAGUAUGUUCGUCUACGGCCAGGUCUUCGUUUGCCUUUCAUCUUUCCAUAUACUAUGGCCCAGACAUUCGAGCUUUCUCCUUUGUAUACAUUUGAGUAAUUCUGCGGACUUUCCCAUUCUUUUCAACACGGUGGUAUUGCGAACAGGAUCUCUCCAUGAGAUUAUCUUAUAUCUGUCUUAUAUCCAUGAGAUAUUCGAAUGCUUCCAACUUGUUGCUCAUCGUUUGCGUUAAUGUCCACGCUCCGACCCUAUACAAUAAAACUGAGAAAACAUAGCAUCCGAAUUGAUAUUUUUAACUUACGGUCAUUUUGAACAUUAAUGCCACGAAAUAAGGUGUAAAUUUGAACGAAUAUUUUAGUGUUAUCUGUAAAACUACAUACGCAUACAUAACGCUUCUCGCGACAUGAUUGGCAACCUUUUAAUAGGCGAUUGUGAGUCUUGUUGCUUAUACUUACCUACGUCUUUGUUUACUGUAUUGUUCCCAGUUUGUUUAUAGGUUUUCGCUGAGUUGCUUACUAUGUAUAUAUUUUUCAAUCAAAAAGUAUAAAAGGCAUUUAUUUUCUCAAAACUGAUUACUUUAGAAUUCUUUCUGAUGUCAUUUCUAAUAUAUUACACACUACUACCGCUUCGGAAACAGAUGGCGCCCUGAGAGAGAAGAAGCGGCGCAAGAAACUCUCCCAGUAUUUUUUUUUGCUUUUUUGUUGAGUGAUGAGUUUAGUUAAUGUGCCUAUAACAGUCAUAAUAUUGUCUGAGCCGUAUUGCAUCGCGAAACGAAGUAAGGUGUAGCAUAAUGCGAUUAAAUGCCGAACACGUCAUAGUGCACUCGCCGCGCAGAACGUAAGAUUGAAAAUCUACUACUAAAAGCUACUAAUGUGACUUGAUUACAUGAUUCGCAUAGUCUUUGUUAAGGUAAGCCCUUAGGGGUGCUAUCCACCCUUGAACUCUUAACCCUCCCAAGCUACCGAUGCCGGGUGGAUAAUUUAAUUAGCCUUGUAAUUACAAUUUUUUUUAGUAAAUAUUAAAUAAAUGUUAUAAAUAAUGUAUAAAUUUAGCAUAAAUCAAUUGAAUAAAUUUAAUUCUAAUGGUCAUUAUUAAUAGUCUUAGUGUCAGAUUUAUAAUAUGUCCCAUGUGAUAAUAUUCGCUCUUUGUAUAAUAAGUUGGUCUGUACGUUAGUAAAAUCGAUUCGACCAAUCAGCGGUGUUAAUUUGAAUUUGAAUCGCUUGAUUGGCGCUUUCUUGCGCUUUUUCUUGAACACAUCACAAUUUAAAUGCCAUGUUUAUUUUAUAUUAAUAUUGAUUUUGUUAAUUUUUAAAUCACUGAAAUCACUUGGUUUUUCAUUCAGGCAUAAAGGCCCUGAUCGAUUCUCGAACAAAUCUCAUGUCUUACAUCUUGAGACUUAGGGGGAACUAUUAAGUAAAUAUAAAUAGGUAUAUGUGGUACGUAAUACAAACAGAAUUGUUGAUGCUGCUAUUUUGAAAAUAAAACUGAUAAAAUUUUUAGUACUUACAGAUAUUUAAUUUAUGAUUGACAUGCGAUGAUAAUAUUUUUAUGAUUGUCACACAUGUUGACUUUAGAACAGUUUGGAAAGUUGUAAGCUAUUAAAUCUCCCGAGCUAAUGCUCGUGUGUCUAUGAGAGCCUUUACAGAAUAUUGAGUCAUGACAUUUAUUUUAAUUGGCGUGUAUAUUAUCAUAGUUUUAAUGCAUACAAAAAUAUAAUUGCAUUUUUUUACUUUAUUUCCCACUCUGUAAGAUUUGUGUAUAAAUAUGUCGUGAAGAGCCAAAUUUGCGGACGUUGACCUGAGUAUCAACUGCUUAUCAUAAAAGUUCUUUAGUCGAUAUUUUGAAUAAAUUCAGGUAUUUUUAAUUAUUUAAUUUUCAAAUUCAUUUGUUUUUUCAAAAUAGGAUUUAAAAUCACUUAUUGAACGUCGUAAACUACCACCCAAAAUUGAAUGCCUCAGACCUGAGAAGAACGGGCGCAAGACUUCGCGGGCUUUUUUUUAAAUAAAAAUAUGGAUAGCAAUGUAAUAUUGUACAAUAAAAAUUUAUAAUUAAAGAUCCUGAGGGUGUUUGCUCCAUUCCCAGUCUGUGGUAUCAUUAAGAAAGUCAUUUAUGUUAUAGUAACCUUUACCACACAACCGUUGUUUUUGAUUUUGAUAUUUUUUAUCUUGUCCAUUCUGUAAUUAUAGUAUUAUUUGUAAUCAAAUUACGAAUGUCUACUUCAUUAUAUGCAUGUAUUACGCUUAGAAAUACACGAACGAAUGUAACGAUUUUGUCGAAAUCUUGCAGUUUUGGGACGUCAAUGGCGUCAAAAGUCAAUGACCGGAAUUCUUUCUGCUACUUCACCGCACUUUUGUCGACUGAAAUGCAGCUAGGAUCUUUCAAUCGCUUUCUGCGUAGUGUUCAUAGUGUCUUCCGAUUUAUGAAAUAAUAUCAUAUUACUGUUAAGUGUCCGCAUGUUUUGUACAUGUUAAGCGCUUGUCGUGUAUAUAUUUUAAACAUAAUUAUUUGGAAUUUUAUUUGCAUUUAAAUAUAGUGUGGGCUAAUAAUUCUUUUGGAAAAAAAUAUGUUCUCUAAAUAUUCGAGAAAUUCUCUUCCUUCAUCACCAUGUCUUUCAGUUAUGGUUUUUCUUCCCUUUGUGACAGUAAUAAUCUCAUUAUCCUAUAGAAUAUCUUAAUUCUAGUCAGAUCUGCCCAACUUCUCUUUACGCUUAUUCUGCGGGUAGUAAGAAAAAUGUUAUGGGGCAACGCUAAAGCCCUGGAGAUCAAAUUGCAUGUUUCAUCAGCAUUAUUACGAAAUUCUCCAAUGCCUUCAGCUAAAUUAAAAAAAAAACGAUUCUAUCGUCAUUUCUUUUCAACUGUCUGAGGUAAUAAAUUAUAAAAGUUGAGUCUACAGAUUGUCGCAUUUAUCUGUUUAAACUAACCGGUGUAUUUAAAGGUAAAAAAUAGUUGAGGUAUUAUUUUCAUAUAAAACUUACCUGAUCCUAAUCCAGAUUCUGAGUGAUCAUGAGAAUAAUCAAAAUAUAAAUCCAAACAUAGUUCGUUCUACUGUUGUUGGAUUGAAACUAGAUUAAGAUCAGUUCACAGAACGUUUAUAAAAAAGCUAAGUGCAGGAAAUGUAUUGAUAUAUCAAUCUCAGAUCGCCAAUUUAGGAUUAAGAGCGGCUGUAAAGGGAAAUCAGAUAAAAAUCACACUAACUCUGGUAUUGUAAAUAUCCCUCGGCGUCAGCUAUCAAAUGUCAUAUACUGACCGGUGAGUCACUUAGACCUUCUAAUAAAAAAAAAGAAAUUUUGUAAAUGUUUCUAUAAAAUGGCCCAUCCUCUCAAUACAUAUUAACGUUGCUAUAUCCAUAAUGUAUACAUAUAAGUGUAAUGUGUAAUAAACGAUGUAAAUAUCUUGACAUAAAUUAUUGUAUUUCGUAAUAAAAUUGAUCGAAUACG